UGUUCCUUAAAGUCUUGUUCUAAUGAAAUGAAAUACUCCAAUUUUUCAAAAAAAAGGAGGGAAUAUAUGGUACCAAAUAACGUGGUAAUGUGAUGAGAGGACCAGUCUGCUUGGUUUCCGUAGUAAAUCCGUUUCUUAUUCUAAAGGCAGCCAUUAAGAAACAAUGUGCAGAGGCUGGACACCUCACCUCACGUGGGCACUUGUCCAGAAUGUGUAAGUGUUCCAGACCAAAGGAAGGAGCGAGGACUCACUCCAGAGGUGGUCUUCUGGCUUGCUGCAGUAGAUCCAGUUCCAACCUAUUUCUUCCCUCGCCAGCUUUAUUCAGUUUCGAACAGGUGCGUGUGCACCAAUUCCGAUUUCUAGUUUUUUUCUUCUUCUCCUGUUCUAUUGAAAUCCAUGCUGAACUCGAGGGGAUACUUUUAACUGUUCUUCGCAAGUGUUUAUUUUUUCUCAACGACAUGGCACUCGUCCUGUACUUGAGCAGAUCCAGAUUGAAUAUUCUUCACAGUUCAGCUGUGUUCCUUUCUUCUUUUUGUUACACCGGGGAGUUGACCCUUCUUCUCAAGCAUUGAGUUCGGUUGGAUGAUUGCUGAUUGAGUAUUCUUCAUAGUUCAGCUGUGUUCCUUUCUUCUCUCUGUUACACCGGGGAGUUGACCCUUCGUCUCAAGCUUUGUUUUCGGUUGGCUGGUUGCUGGGUACUGUUAUAUGUAGUUACAAAUGGAUCCAGAAACUAGCGCGCGCAAUCUCUUGGAGCAAAUGCUACUUGAUGGAAGUGCAGAGCCAAUAGAAUUGCCCCUACCACUGCUAAUAGACAUCACGAAUAAUUUCUCUAAUGAACAGAUAAUUGGCAGGGGUGGGAAUGGUGUGGUUUACAUGGGUCUGCUUCAAAAUGGAGCGAUUGCUGUGAAGAAGUUCUCUCGAGCUCACCAUGAAGAAGACAGUAUGUUCGACAAUGAAGUUAAUCAUCUAAUGAGGUUGAAGCACAAAAAUAUCGUCCGAUUCCUGGGAUAUUGUUCUGGCACACAAAGGAAAGUGUUCGAUCUUGAGGGAAACUAUGUCAUGGCUGAGGUCCGGGAAAGGUUGCUCUGCUUUGAGUAUGUACCUAAUGGAAGCCUUGACGAAGUUAUCAGUGAUCUAUCUCGCCAAUUUCUUUGGACAAUGCGCUACCAAAUAAUCAGGGGAAUUUGUGAGGGCUUGCAUCAUCUUCAUGAUAAGCGUAUUUCUCACAUAGAUCUCAGACCUCUGAAUAUAUUGUUGGAUGAUAACAUGGUGCCAAAAAUUUGUGACUUUGAUAGCUUAAGGUCUUUUGAUGAAGGUCAAACCCGAGAAAUUACAAUACCUAUUUAUGGAGCUCAUCGGUACUCGGCACCUGAAACGUUUACUACUGAUGGAGUGGUCACAUUCAAGUCGGACAUAUAUUGCCUUGGUAUUAUGAUCUCAGAGAUACUGACACGGGAGAAGCAAUGUUCCUCCGUUGUGAAGGUCCUCGAAGGCUGGAGAGAACGGUUGAAGUCAGGGGAAGACGUACCAUUAGAACAGAUAAGAGUAUGCGCCGAGAUAUGCAUACGUUGCUGCCACUAUAACCCCAAAAAGAGACCAGCAAUACAGCGUAUCAUCGAGGCCCUUGAUGAAACAGAAAGCAUGACGCCGGACACACAACGUAUAAUUGAGAUGCUUAAUGACACAGAAAGCAUGGACGAGUUUAUCGAAUUCGAAUCUGGCAUGAAUAUUUUAUCGCCAGCAGAAGAACCUUCAAAUGGGGUGCAGCAAAGCACUCCUACGAUAUCUGGAGUAGAAAGCUCUGAGAUUAUGGAGCUUAACAUCCUAGAGCGCAUAGUAGCUGGGCGUGAAGAACCGAGCCAUCUAGAUUUGCCACUUCUAUAUAGCGUCACGGAAAGUUUCUCUAAGAACAGAAGAAUCGGCCAGGGUGGAUGUGGAGAAGUUUACAAGGGGAUCCUCCGAAAUGCAGAUGUUGCUGUGAAGAAACUUUUCAAUAGCCGUACAAUUAAAGGCAAGAUGUUUCAUCGGGAGGUUAAAAGUUUGAUCACGGUUAGGCACCACAAUAUAGUACGGUUUCUUGGUUAUUGUUCUUUUACAGAAGAACGCGCGAUACCAGUUGAAGGACAAACAGUUAUGGUCGAAAUACGGGAGCGGCUGCUCUGUUUCGAGUACAUAAGCAACGGAAGCCUUGAGAGGCAUAUUACAGAUGAAUUGAGGGGACUUGAGUGGCGUACACGUUUUGACAUUAUUGUGGGAAUAUGCAAUGGUUUGUGUUAUCUUCACAAGGAGAAGAAUAUCACCCAUAUGGAUCUCAAACCAGCCAAUAUACUAGUAGAUGAUCAGAUGGUGCCAAAAAUUACAGAUUUUGGUCUAUCAAGACUCGAUAAUAAUCCACAAGCUACAACCACAUCACGUCUUAUAUCACCAGGAUAUAGUGCUCCAGAAUACCGUUCAGAAGGCAAAUCAUCAUUGAAGUCAGAUAUAUAUAGUUUGGGUGUAAUAAUACUAGAACUGGUGUCAGGGAGCAAAAAUAAUCCUAACAUUACUAAAGCACAGGUGCUUAGAAAAUGGAGGCACAGGUGGAUUAAAUCAAUGAAACAUACACCCUUGGGUUAUCAACAAGUGACAAAAUGCAUUGAUCUGGCGCAAAGAUGCAUGGAACAUGACCCGGCAGACAGACCUGACAUAUCAGAUAUAGUACAAGAGCUCAACGAAAUAGAUAGUAAUGAUCACCAAUUCCAGGUAAUCCCUUCCUUGGAGGACAUGCUUGGGAUUGAGCCGCUGGAAAUACAGUUUCCCUUUGAACAUUACUGGCAGGUAUCACACACAGUAGAGCUGAGCAACGAUACAGAUGAUCACUUUGCCUUCGUCACAAAGCCAAGUCUACACGGCUUACGGACAGAGCCAGACAAAGGCAUUGUGCCACCACGAUCCAAGUGCAGUGUCACCGUAACAAUGAUGCAAGCGCAGGUCAUGGUACUGCUAAAUAAUCGUUACAAGGAGGAGAUCACCGUGCUUAGCACAAGAGUAGAUGGAGGUCUCAGUGCUGUGGAUAUAACUAAAGGCAUGUUCAUGGAGGAGGAGGGUAAAGUGGUUGAUGAGGUGAAUGUGAUGGUUGAUCUUGGCAGGCCACCAUUGGAAGAGGAAUCCUAAAUAAAAUAUUGUGAAUUAUCAAGAGGUAGCAGAGUCACCUGGGGAGACUGCACAUAUGUUUCAACACUGAGACCUAUAUAUGGAUGUGGCAUUUGUCAUCAGAUGAUUACUACUACCUUCAUUCCAAUUGUAGGUAGUUUUAACAUUUUUAGAUAUAUAGAUUUUGUUAUGUAUCUAAACAUAACGUAUAUCUAGGAAAGCUAAAAUGACCUACAACUUGAAACGGACGGAGUAGUAUAUUGCUGGAAUCAUAUUUUUUCUCCAAUUUUGUGAUAUUCGAAACACUUGAACGAGGGGUAUUGUAGGUUGACUGGAUCCAUUUGGACAUUGUUGGCAAGAGUAUGAAAAAUUGGCAUGUAAAUUUGCUACAGUA